GCGAAAGAUGUAAUUCUGGAAGCAGCACAAAGGUCAGCCUUUGCAACAGAAUUGUCAGCAAUCCAAGCAAACAAAGUGGUGGCCACAAACAGCCCUUUGCAUAAGCUCAGUCCAACCUUAGAGGGUAAUCUCAUCUGUGUUGGAGGCAGACUGAAACACUCUCAGCUUACAUCUGAAGAAAAGAACCCAGUAAUCCUAGCCAAGGACAGUCACAUUUCCUUACUGCUUGUACGACAUCACCAUGAGCAGGUGAAGCAUCAGGGCCGACAUCUCACAGAAGGCGCAGUAAGGGCAGCUGGGCUGUGGAUUUUGGGUGGUAAGCAACUGAUCAAUUCUGUCCUCCACAAAUGCAUAAUCUGCCGGAAGCUGCGUGGGAGACUGGAAGAACAACGUAUGGCUGACCUACCGCCAGAACGUCUCAAGGUCUGCCCUCCUUUCACGUAUGUUGGACUUGACGUCUUCGGACCUUGGUCCAUUGUAACCAGACGCACCAGAGGAGGACAAGCGGAGAGCAAACGGUGGACCAUAAUGUUCAGUUGUUUGAGUUCAAGAGCUGUCCACAUCGAACUGAUUGAGUCUAUGGAUGCGUCCAGCUGCAUUAACGCUCUCAGGCGUUUCUUCGCACUAAGAGGCCCUGCAAGACAACUCCAGUCUGAUUGCGGGACUAACUUCAUUGGAGCUAGCAAGGAGUUGGAGAUGGACAAUACUGUGCAGAGGUACCUCAGCAAACAAGGAUGUAGCUGGAACUUCAGACCUCCACAUGCUUCCCACAUGGGAGGCUUGUGGGAACGGAUGAUCGGUGUUGCCAGGAGAAUCCUUGAUUCAAUGCUCUUGCAGCAAAAAAGUCGCCUAACCCAUGAGGUGCUGUCAACGCUAAUGGCAGAAAUCACAGCUAUCAUCAAUGCACGUCCACUCCUACCUGUGUCUACAGACCCACAACAACCUUUCAUUCUUUCACCAGCCAUGCUCCUCACACAGAAAUCAGGAGUUCCACCUCCUCCUGGGGAUUUCACAGACAAGGACCUCUACACAAAACAAUGGAGGCAAGUUCAAGCUCUCGCAAACCAGUUUUGGAACAGUUGGAGCAGAGAAUACUUACCAUCCUUACAACAAAGACAAAAAUGGACAGUGCCACGCAAAAACCUUCAAGUAGGGGACCUGGUUCUCCUCAGGGACAAACAGACUGUCCGCAACUGUUGGCCCAUGGCCAUAGUCACAGCAACAUUUCCUGGGAAGGAUGGAUAUGUAAGAAAGGUUGAGAUAAAAACGACCGACCAAGGCGAUGCCAAAGCCUUCCUCAGGCCAGUUGCAGAAGUGGUUCUUCUGAUGCCUAAAGACUGA